GGCAGAGAAAAAGAGAGAGAGGGAGGGAGAGAGAAAUGGACAUAGGAUGUGCUUGGUUGACAUUUGGCAAAAACAAAUCAAGACAGAAGAAGCCUGAUGAAAAGGACAGCUGAGGAAAAUCCGAUACAUCUGGGAGUUUUCUGGUGGACAGUUUCAGGAUGACUGUCACUUAUUCCAGUAAAGUAGCCAAUGCCACCUUCUUCAGUUUCCACCGGCUGCUGCUGCGCUGGAGGGGAAGCAUCUACAAGCUUCUGUACCGGGAGUUCACUGUGUUCGCCCUGCUCUACACCGUGCUCAGUGUCGUAUACAGGCUCGUUCUUUCUGACUCUCAAAAGAGAUUAUUUGAGAAACUUUCCAUGUACUGUGACAAAUACGCAGAGCAGAUACCUGUUACCUUCGUCCUGGGUUUCUAUGUGACUCUGGUGGUGAAUCGAUGGUGGAAUCAGUUUGUUAACCUUCCCUGGCCCGACAGACUCAUGUUCCACAUCUCCAGCUGCGUUCAAGGCAAAGAUGAAUAUGGCCGACUGCUGCGCCGGACGCUGAUUCGUUAUAUCAACCUUACCUCCCUCCUUAUCUUCCGCUCUGUCAGCACUGCUGUCUGCAAGCGCUUCCCAACCAUGGACCAUGUUGUUGAAGCAGGUUUUAUGACUCCAGAGGAGAGAAAAGUGUUUGAAAAUAUUCGUUCUCCUCAUCUAAAGUACUGGAUCCCUGUCGUCUGGUUCUCCAACCUGGCGUCUAAAGCUCGGCAGGAAGGACGAAUCCAAGACAGCAUCGACCUCCAGAACUUGCUCAAUGAGAUGAAUCAAUUCAGGACUUGGUGUGCGACUCUUUUUGGCUACGACUGGGUCGGCAUUCCACUCGUUUACACACAGGUCGUCACUUUAGCAGUGUACACUUUCUUCUUUGCUUGUCUGAUUGGUCGGCAGUUCCUCGACCCCGCCCAAGGUUACCAAGGUCAUGACCUGGACCUCUACAUCCCUAUCUUCACCUUGCUUCAGUUCUUUUUCUACGCAGGAUGGCUCAAGGUAGCAGAGCAGUUGAUCAACCCGUUUGGAGAGGAUGACGAUGACUUUGAAGCUAAUUGGAUCAUCGACAGGAACCUUCAGGUGUCACUCCUUGCUGUGGAUGAGAUGCAUAUGGAUCUUCCUCAUAUGACCAGAGACAUAUACUGGAAUGACAGUGAAGCACGACCACCUUAUACUUUGGCUGCUGUGGACUCAUGCAUCCCUUCAUUCCUCGGCUCAACCACUGACAUGGGACUCUCAGACAUCUUACAGUUUGAUGAUGCUGACGUGAGCGACAGUCGUCCACAGCAACUGGACUCUAUUCUGGCUCGACGGCAAGAAUCAGUCCUUGGUCGAGUGCAACGGUUGUUUAGUGUUCAGGAGCCCCCUGACCUCCGACCUCCUCGGCCCAUCUUCAAAAGGCACAGCAGUGAUGCAACAGGCAGCUUCUUUCCAGAUUUUGGGGUCAAUCCACGUCCAGACAACAUCGUUCCUCCUUCCACCCUGGUCAUGCCUCACCUUACCAUGGACACUCUGUCUACACUGAGAGAGGUCAGCAGCAACCCUCCUUCCCCUGACACCCCUCUUUCUGCUGUUUUCCCUCAGCUAGUCAUUAGCCCACCACUGUUCACUGAUCACAAAGUGGAUUCAGAUAGCAUUGGCGAAGUCACAAAGCCUCAGAAUGGACUGGAUCACUCCCCAACUGAGGACGUUCCAGGCUUGGAGACCCCAAGAACUGGCUCCUCGGUCUGUUGCUCUCCCACUCAGUUAGGGCCCAAGAAAUUUCGUUGGACAUCUGUCCAUCGCCCACAAAUUCGUCCUCGACGCCGUCAGUUCUCCCUCCAGUUCUCCAGACAGACGUCAAAGGGGUCGGUCCGUAGCCUGCCAAGCCCCAAAGCCCUGGGAAAACGAAGAAGAGGCCUGGCCCGCUUCCAGUCCCGGCACUCACCUGGUCCACCUAGCAACACUUUGCAGAUCCCCGACCCUGAAUACGACCAUGACUUCCAGGGAAUGGAAGGGACUGAAGGCAAUGACAAUGAACAAAGCAACAAAACAGAAGAGAUCAGAAAGUCCAACUCACAGUCAGAGAUGUCAGAAAACAAAUGAGAAAAACAAAGGAGACUCUGCCCAGUUAGAAUUAAGGCAACGUCCGAGCUCAUAAGUUUGAUUUGCUUCAUUUUGUUCCUUUGAAGAAACAACUGACUGAACUACUUCAAACACUGACUUUGUUGGCAGGUUUUUAAUAGAAGGAAAUAAACUUAAAAACAAGCCAAAAAUGGCACAUGGAAGUACACAAACAUACAGAAGAAUAUCAUUAAUGAAAUUCCAAACCAGCCUGAGUUUUGUGGAGGAAAUGGAACUUUAACAGCAACAAUGAUUGAGUGAAAUAUGUUGAAAUGUCCUGCAAUCAGGAAGUAACCAGUUUUUAUGCCUUAAUGUUUUUUAAGGAGAUAAUAACAACAACAAACAUUAUAAUAAAUGAGAUAAGCUACUAAGA